AUGUCCUCCUCGGUUAUUUUGUUGGGAUUAAGUGCAAUUCUUGGCAACGUACUAGCUACUGAAAAAGCAUCACCACAACCCAGUCUAAAUUCUUUCAGAAAUGACUAUGACAGCGUUGCCAAAACAUGUUUGGCUGUUGGCUUUGUAAAAAACGACUGCAAAAGCAACCAGGUGCAAGACAGACGCACACGAAACAUGAAUAUUGCUUUCGAUGCAAAAGCCAAAGGAAGUGACCAUACAGUGAGUAAGGGAAACACUGUUAUGUUUGGAGAUGUUGAUCUAAAUAUAGGAGGUGGUUACAAUGCAGUAAAAGGGAUCUUUACCGCUCCAAAAUCGGGAGUGUACGUCUUUGAUUGGACAACAAUGACUUUGAAUAACAGAUAUGCUUUAACCUCUCUAGUCUUGAAUGGUAAAAGGCUAACUUACAACCAUUGCGAUACUAACAGUAACAUAAAGAUGUCAUGCAGUAAAAUGGCUGUUGUGAAAAUGAUGACAGGAGAUAAGGCUUGGAUUGUUAGCUUUUACGGAACAUCGUCCAUUCAUUCUAAAUACUCUUCUUUUUCUGGUUUCAUGAUGUAA